GUGUGACUUGUGACACUACACCACACAGUGGAUAAAUGAUUUAAUUAGUAGUUUACGUAACUAGAAGUAGAAUAAAAGACAAAAAUUAAUAUAUCGAAUCAAAAUGUCACAAAUACCAAAAUUUUCUGGAUUAGCUCAAAAAUUUUUUGCUAAUUUGAAAAGUAAAGAAUUUCGAGACUAUCUAAUGAGUACACAUUUUUGGGGUCCCGUUGCUAAUUGGGGCAUACCACUAGCAGCAAUUGCAGAUAUUUCUACGAAAGAUCCCAAAUUUAUUAGUGGUAAAAUGACAACUGCUUUGAUUUUGUAUUCCUCUGUUUUUAUGAGAUUUGCAUGGUGUGUUCAGCCAAGGAAUAUGCUAUUAUUUGCGUGCCACCUCACUAAUGUUACAGCACAAACCACACAGGGGCUUCGUUUUGUAAGUUAUAAUUUUUUAAGUUCAUCCAAAGAUCUUAAACAAGGUAAUUGAUCAGCAAUUACAAAGUAACAAAAAAUACGGAUAAAGUUGUUUCUCGUAUACAAUAAUUGGAGAACAAAUGAUAGAUAGAAAAUUUUGUAAAAAUGUUAAUUUAUGUGGCACCUUCCUAUUAUAAUUUUAAUUGUAGCUUUUUGAAUUAUAUAUUGAAGUCAAAUGUAAAUAGAAUUUAAUUAGAAAUUGAAUAAGAAGGGGAUUAAUUUAUA